AUGGAGGAGCUGACAGAUGAUCCGUGCCCCAGUUUGCCAAAGCCAGUAAACCUCGCCAAAGCAGCUAACCACCUUCAGCAGCGAUUGAGACCAGCAGAUCCUGUAGACCUCGAGUUUGAAUUGCAGUCCGAGCACAUCCUUGAGAACUUUCUCUUAAGGUUAGGCAUUUGUAAAAGAAUUACCCUUGUAAAAAGUUCUUGCAAAUAUUUCAUUUGUCUUUCAUCAUCAAAUGUUUUUAUCACGCGUUUAUUGCACUAUUUAUUAUAUAUUUCAAGCAGCUACAUUAACACUCUGUUGUUUGAUUUUACAGGUACGUGGGCGUCGUCACCUUCUCUUCGCCAGCCAGCAACAGCUAGAGGUGUUGUGCAGGGCCAAGGCCUGGUACAUCGACGGUACCUUCAAACUUUGCCGAAAACUUUUCAGCCAGCUACUGACCAUCAAUGCGUUCGUG